UUCUUGUUAUUAUAUUUCGUAACUACCUCGCUACUAUUUUCAUUUAUCUCUUGCAUUUUUCUGCAAAUAAUAAGAAUAAUAAAUUAGAAUGAACAUCGGUAAGCUGCUCGCUCCAUUGAGGAGCACCACAUGGUCGGUGCGCAGCUAUGGAAAGCAUAACAAGAAAUUUCUGUACAAGAAUGGUCAGAAAUUCGAGGGUAUAACAUACUAUCCAAGGACUUCAAAUCACCAGGAUCCACCAGUAGAGCCGGCGAAACUAUUCCGGGUGCAACGAAUUAAGCCGGUGAAGGGUAAUCCCUACUGGGAAAAGCGCAUUCUUAAGGACCUGGGACUCGAUGGUAAACAAAGCGACUUUACGGUAGUCAAAAACAUACCAGAGAACAAUGCCCGUCUAUGGAAGAUCAAGCAUCUGGUUAAGGUGACACCGGUGACCUUUCCCUAUGGAGAACCCACUGCCCAGGAUGUUCGGCAUACGAUACUGAAGGAGAAUGGCGAGUGUUUGGUGACAAAGGACCUGGGACCCAUAGAAACUCGUCUGGAAGCUCGUCAGGAUUACGAUGACCAGCCGAAUCGACUGGAUACCGAUUUGCUGCGCAAAGAUGCCCGCCUCAAAUGGCUAAAUCCAUGGUAGAUAAAUGAACAUUUUACUUUAUUCGUAAAUAUAUUUUUAAAAUACAAAACAAAA